CGAUGACAUCACUCACUGGCUCUUUUUGGAUGGCAGAGUCUUUCGUAGGAUGCAGCAAGGUUUGCUAGGGCUUGGCGUGAAGGGUGGACAGGAGGAAUAUGCAUGACGCUCGGCCAGGAAGUGCCGUAGGAUUCUCCUCUGCUUAGACAUAUUCCGAAAGAGUGCUCUGCCAAUUGCGUGGUUUAAGGCCGAGUGAUGAUAUUAAUUGAAGGGGGUGCCGCAGCAUCCACAGGGUCGCAGGACUAGUUAAACGGGCUUAGAUUUCGGAGUAAAGAAGAGCACGCACACAAAUACGCUCACACACUGCUUUUCAAAUUGCUGUGCUUGAAAUGGGUGAGGAUUAUAGCGUCGAUUCUUAGCAGUAAAGGGGAUUCGUGUUGUUUUCUAAAUAGAAUGUAGUCGAUGUUCAAAAUAACUCCUGAAAACAGAGUAAAUGAACGGCGACUCCACAGAGUGGACUUUUAACUGAAUGGGAGAUGGCUGACAUUUGAACACGCGAAAAGGAUAAUGCAAUUACGGCACGUUCCUUAACAGGAAGGCGGAUUUUCAGUUAUAUAUUUAGAUCUGUAUAAUAAAAUAAUAGUCAUAAUUUUAUAAUUCAGGAUAGUCCUCUUAAACAUGACGAGAAUAGUUGUUCGACAGAGGAUUAUAUGAAACCCUCUUCCUCUGUGGUAUGAAUCUCAUGUGAGGAUAUACGGGACGUUUGUUCACGCUAUCCAGGUGUAAUCUGCGUAAACAUCUCUACCUAAUUCAGGAGAUCUUCACCGCAAGGGCAAUGGAUGAAUUUGAACACCCGUGAUUUAAGGCCUCUUUCUUGAGACACGUCUGCCCCUCUCUAGCACUGAUCUAUCAUUUUUGAAAGAAGUAAAGGGCUGUUUCUGUUAUUCCGUUCCCUUGUGGAUUUUUUACUCCCGUAGUCGCAGUAAUGUUGUCUGCCCCCAAGUGACAUGUACAGUGGACAAUUCAAUGCGGGUACAGUCUGAGGAGCUAUCCGAGGCGCUGUGGUGCUGAUGUGGCACUGAGAGACGAGCAUGGCUGCAGGAAAGUUACUUCUUUAUGCCGGCCUUUCUUUAGCCCUCUGUGCCCUGGGCAUGUUGGCAGUGGCAAUUUGCUCCGAUCACUGGUACGAAACGGACGCGAGGAGAUACAGGGAGCGUUGCAAAAACUACAGCAGUCGGCGGAACGACCCGGGAUUUAUCUACAUUCCCAACAACAGCCUGCCGCUACGGGCGAGCCGGUCCAGACUGGACCGCUGGGAGGAGAAGCUCUUGCUGGCGAGGCAGCGGAGGCAGCUAUACGCGAUCAGCGCCGCCGACGACUGCACCCGGCAGUAUAAUUCCACCAACAUGGGACUGUGGAGUAAGUGCCAUCGUUUGGGUUUUGAUCAAGACAUGGAAAACCUUAUUGCCAAAGGUUCCAUUGAAAGAUGCUCCUACAUCAAGUACCACUACUCUUCAGCAACAAUUCCAAAAAAUCUGUCCUAUAACAUAACAAAGACGAUUCGACAAGAUGAGUGGCACUCUCUGCACCUGAGAAGAAUGACAGCUGGUUUCAUGGGCAUGGCAGUUGCCAUUAUUCUAUUUGGCUGGAUUGUCGGAGUCCUUGGCUGCUGCUGGGAUCGAGGCCUCAUGCAGUAUGUAGCUGGUCUUCUCUUUUUGAUGGGAGGUACAUUCUGCAUCAUAUCCCUGUGCACUUGUGUAGCUGGAAUCAACUUUGAGCUGUCCCGGUAUCCCCGUUACCUUUAUGGGCUAUCGGAUGACAUCAGUCAUGGCUAUGGCUGGUCUAUGUUUUGUGCCUGGGGUGGACUUGGACUAACACUCAUUGCUGGCUUCUUCUGCACCUUGGCCCCUUCAGUGCAGCCACUUCCUCGUUCAGCCUGCCCCAAAUCCCGACCAGAGAAUGGAACAGUCUGCUAAAGUCUUCCUUCUUUAUUCUGUUCUUGUCUUCAGGCACUGGUUCUGAGCGCUUCUCUGUCUUAACUUAUGAAAGGAACAGGGCAACACAGCCAAAUUUUUUUAAAACAGCAGCAUAUCCUGUAUUCUUUUUCUUUAUUUAAAAACAGUGCAAAAUAUAUUCCAGGAACAUUAGAAAGAAAAUGAAAUCAUUAAUUUUUGACUAAGUCAAGGACUGUACAGAAAUCAAAACCUGAAGAUAUGCAUUUAUAUAAGUGAAAGGAUCUGUCUUGUGCAAUGAAUUGUUUGUUUUAAAAGACAUGGCAACUGUUUCCAAAAUUGCAAAACAGAGAGAAGCAUAUUUGACAAGUCAGUUAUCAUCUGAUGAAGGUCUCGCCAAAGGUAGUACGUGAAAUGAAACACAAGGAUGUGAAAGAAACAACAGCAAAAGAAGAUAAAAAACUAGUUUGUUAUCAGCUUAUUUUGGGGAGGCUGUGCAAACGUUAUCACAUAUCCAUUUGAUUAUUUACGGUUUGCAUGACAAAGGGGGACAUGACCCUGCUGUGACUCAAAUACAAUUAACAAAGAGAUAUUUAAACAAAAAAGGAUCUAUGUAAAUUGUUGUUGUUUAACUGGAUAUAAGGGUGCAGUUUAACUGUGAAACUUGCAAUGAAGGCUUUAGACUUGGAAUAACUCUUCAUAUUGUAAAUCUAGGCAUUGGGAGACACACACCAUAGAAGAAAUUGAGUGAAAUCUUGUUCUUAUAUGGGAGGUAUUGUCUUGAUAAGGAAUACUUUCCUAAAGUCUGAAACACCUUUUAUUCUUUCUCACUGGCUAGGCAGAAAAAGUAAGAAAGGACAUUUGCUCAAUUGUUUCUGUCUUGAAAGUAUAUGUAUAAAUGAUCAAUGGGCUUGUAUUAUAUAUAUAUUGUACAAAAAUUAUAAUAAGGGGGAAGAAAAUCAAAGUUCUUUCAUGAAAAGGAUCAUUUUCCAGUGAAAUUUCAUCUUCCAUAUACUUUUUGAAAACAGUAGCCUUUUUUUUUUUUUACAGUCUGUUCUAUGCGUGUUGGACAUCUAUGAGUGUGUGUGUACGGUAUGAUUGCUUGUGUGUAUGUCUGUAAACGUAUGUAUGUGUGUGGGCGUGUAUACUUUUACAUUCAUCUCAUUUCCAUAUUGCUACAUGAGUAUGGGUGUUUAUGAUCAAGUUGCUGUAAAAAAGAAAAAAGAUGAAAAAAAUUAGGAAAAAUGUCUCAAUUGUAAAAGAAAAAAAAUGUAAUAUUUCCUUGAGGAAAUAAAACAGGAACCUAAUUGACUUGAAAGCUACAGUAUCUUGUUAAUACUCUGUUUUUUAUCUGAGUCUGAAUGGAUGCAACAGCAGUACAAUAUAACACAGACACACACAACCCCACAAUGUUCCUGUGCGUCUUUUGAUUUCAUCAAAACAUAACAGACAAACACCACAAAUGACAAUUCACCCACACUGCAGAAUGCCAGGUGUGAUACUCGUACCACGACAUGGUCUACAGUGGCCCUUUUCUCAAUCUGUAAUGUAAAAAAACAUCUGAAAUUCAGCUUUCAGUUCAAUUCUAUUUAUUUUUGUUUGACGCACUUCAUUAAGUGUAGACACGGAGCGCUGUGACAAGUUCGCAAAUGGAUACAGAUACAAACUUUAUAAAUUAGUAUUUACAUAGUGCAUAUGCAUUAUAUUUGUGAAAACAGAAAAACAAAUUGGUUCAGAAUGAUUAACAUACUGUAAAUGGACUCCAGCAAUAUCUCUCCAUUAAUUAAUUGUUGAACUAUGACCAGUUGAAAUCUAACUCAGAAUUAAAAAAAUAUAUAAUAAUGUUGCUCAUGUAUUCUGUCUAUUAAAAUAAUACUGCUUUGUAAAAUACUACAAAUUUUCCAAAAACUAAAAUUUGAACAGGGACCUGAACAAUGUUAAUUGGCAGCGACAGUUAAGUGAUGACUUCUGGUGAAGUAAAUACAUUUACAUAGAGCAGACAUUUGUCUUUUAACGUGGAAACUGUUAACAAUUUACACAACAGUGCAUUGCAUGUAUGGAAUAACAUAUGGGGAAUUUUUUUUUUAAUUGUGUACAUUUUAAAUCUUAUGUUUAAUAAUUAGCAUAAAGUGAAUUCAAUUUGCAAAGAUUCUUUAGCCACAGACAAGCUGAUAGAUCAGUGAACCUGAGCUAACAGACUAAACUAAAGAAGAGCGUCAUUAGCCUAACUGGAGAGUAACCUGUGGGAAUGGAAUCAUCUUUCAAAUUUAAAAGUCUUGUGCUUUAUGUACAAUUAGACUCUCUCUAUCUUUCUGUCCUCAGUCAUUUGUGACACUAGAACAGGUAAACAAAGUCAUGAUAAAUAUGAAAACAUAUCUCUGUAUAUACAUACCGUACCUAAUAGAAACGUCAGAAAAUUCUGAAGCAUCAAUUUACUAGUGCAUUUAAAUUUGACUUCAGCAUGUCUCAAAGUGGUUUCUUUUUAGCUGGAUCUCCAAAUGUUGAAUUGGAUUAAGGUUAAGGAAGCUCAGGUGGCUGUUGUACUAAAAUGAAUUGGCUAUCAUGUUUUUUCUGUUACUCCAGAUCAUGCUUAGCCUUCUGGCAUGCGUUAAUAUCUGUAUUCUUCUGUCCUUUUCAGAUUAAUUCAGAUAUUUUAUUAAAUAGCUAGUAGAAACUUAGCAAGCCUGCAGUUAAAAGCCAGGAGAUCUGUGUAAGCAGUAGUGACAAAUACCUUACUAGACCUCUUGCCCACAGUCCAGCAUAGUACAGCACAUUCCAAUAUAAUAAGAAAUAGACCUUUUCUUCUUCCACUCCUCUUGACAUGCCUUGUUCGCCUCCUCUUAACUCCAACUCCCCAAAUGA